CGGCUUUCCUAGAGAUAGGAAAAGGCAAGAGCGCUUCCUAUGCGAGGCCUGGAGGAAGGGCGCUUCGUCGGCAUGGAGGCCGCCUCGGAGCCGGCCGGCGUGACGGCGCUGGUUGGACGCGAUUCCCCCGCAACUCCGGCGCCCGAGUGCCCGCACGGUCCCACAGUUUUGUUUACGAGAGUUCUCCCAGGAAAAGCAAAGGCAAGAAGAUUUUACGCUUGUUCUGCGUGCCGAGAGAGAAAAAACUGCAAUUUUUUCCAGUGGGAGGAUGAAAAGAUAUCAGAAGCCCGUCUUUCAGCCCGGGAAAAAUACAAUCGGAGUCACCGGCCGUCUAAAACACAUUCGGACAAUGUAAAAAGGUACAAGGAAUUCAUCGCCCUACCUCCACCGAAAAGGAAGUUUUGCCAGGAGUGUCAACAGCUCCUGUUGCCAUCGGAAUGGGAAAGACACACUGGCCAUCCAGUACUCACUGGUAUCUCGGCUGCCCAGCUAGGAAGACCUAGCCAACUCCUCGCUGCUCUGGAGAACAAGAAGAUGAACGCCCAGUAUCUCUUCACCGACAGGAGUUGCCGCUUCCUCUUGGAUCUUCUCGUCGCGCAAGGUUUCCAAAGGGUGCUGUGUGUGGGCACGCCAAGGCUUCACGAACUGAUCAAAUUGGAAGCGUCACCCAAAGGGAAGAUUGCAAUGAAGAGUCUUUUGCUUGAUAUUGAUUUCAGGUACUCUCAGUUCUAUCCCCAGGAGGACUUUUGCCACUAUAACAUGUUUAACCAUUAUUUCUUUGCUGGAGAGGCUGCUUCCCGUGUAUGUGAGGAAUUCCUGCAGGAAGACCAAGGGAGGCACGUGGUCCUGGUGGCCGAUCCCCCCUUUGGGGGCUUGGUGGAGGCGUUGGCUUCUAGUUUCCAAAAACUGAUGGCCAUGUGGAGUUCAGUAGGAGCUGCAGGUUUUGCCAGCCAAGAGUUACCUAUCCUUUGGAUAUUUCCGUAUUUUUUUGAGUCCCGCAUUCUUGAAUUUUUUCCAAGUUUCACCAUGUUGGAUUAUCAGGUUGAUUAUGACAAUCAUGCGCUAUAUAAGCAUGGGAAAAGAGGCCGCAAACAAUCCCCAGUUCGUAUUUUUACUAACAUUUCACCAAGUUCCAUAGUUCUUCCAGCAGAAGAAGGAUACAGGUUUUGCCCCAUCUGUCAGCGAUACGUCAGUGCCCAGAACCAGCACUGCGACAUCUGCAGUUCCUGCCCUUCCAAAGAUGGCAGACGUUGGACUCACUGUAACCUCUGUAAAAAAUGUGUCAAGCCCUCCUGGGUUCACUGUGGCACUUGCCAGCGCUGUGCUCUUCCCACUCACCCUUGCAAAGAAGACCGUUCGGGGUGCUUUGUUUGUGGAGAGGCCAAUCACAAACGCACCACGUGUCCAAAGCGGCAGAAGAUCUGCAGAGCUGACCAAGAUAGCCAAAAGGCCAAACAGAAAAAGAAGAAAUUGAAGAAGGCUGUUACGAAAACAACGUGUUGGAAAAAAGCUGCGAGAAGAAGAAAAAACAAAAAAUAAAAACAACAACAUUUCAGUGCUUACAACA